ACCUCGACAGACGCGUCGCACGCCAUUUGCUUUUCGUUCCCCUCAGGCGUCUGCAACUGUGUAAAGAGCCGUUUUAUUUUCGUUCCCAUCGCCGCAAAACGUCGUCCAACAACAAGAUGGUUACCUCGAAUAUGCCGAGGAAGACCAAGAUUUUCGUGGGUCGACUACCGGAGAAUUGUCGCAGCGAUGAAUUACGUCAAUUAUUCCUGCGUUACGGGGAAGUUACGGAGUGUGACGUCAUGAAUCGUUAUGGUUUCGUUCACAUGGCGCGUGAGGAGGACGCGGCAGCAGCUAUCAAAGCUCUUCACAAUACGAAUUUCAAGGGGGCUACGAUAAAUGUCGAGCAGUCGACUGGAAAAUCGCGAGGGGGCGGUCCGGGUGGACGGAGGGACGACAGACGGGGUGGACCGAUGAGGGGUGGGCGCGGAGGAAGGGAUGGCGGGAGGGACAGCAGGCCAGGGCCCUACAAUGAUCGCAGAGGGGGUGGCGGGGGUUACUCCGACUACGGUAACCGUGGAGGUGGUGGUUACGGAGAUCGUGGAGGUGAUUACGGUGGGCCAGGGGGUGGCUACGGGGACAGAGGGGGCUACGGCCAGGGGGUAGGUGGAGGUGGCAUGGGAGGCUACAGCUCAUCGGCUCAGGGUAUGGGUGGGGGUGGCUACGGGCCCUCGGGGGGUUCCGUUGGGGGCUACGGGCCCAGCGGUACAUCCGACUACGGCAGAAGUGGUGACUACGGUCGACCCAGUGACUUCGGCGGUCGAUCUGACUACGGAAACUUCCAGUCUGGCGGUGGAAUGGGCGGGGACUUCAAUCGCGGAGUUCCUGGGGUCGGGGAUUACGGACGUGGCGAUAAUUUUGGCAGUGGCAGGGCUGCUGAUCCUUACACGCAGAGGAAUGACUACGAUCGCAGCGCUGCUGGGCCCAUGCGCAAUGGUGGGGGGACUGUGUCGUCUGGGGGUUAUGGGUCUGGGUACUCCGAUGGGGGCCAGUAUGGCAGGACUAUGGGUGGGGGGCCCUCUUACAACAGCGGAGCACCCAGCUACAACAGUGGGCCUGGACCUCAGACUGAUAUGUUCAGCAGACGACCUGGAAGCUCCGUCGCCAGUGGGGGUUACCCACCUGUUGGUGGAGGUUAUACCGAAGCUUAUGACAGGCCAGACGCCUACGGACCCCGCGGCGGUGGUGGUGGCCGCUUCCCAGGUCCGGCAGACGCAAUGCCCCCGAGGUACUAAUGCGUGUACCCCCCUCGAAAUUAAUUAAAAGACGAUAAAUAAUCGCGCACCGUUAAUGGCAUUUAUCCUGUAUAAUUGUCAGCGGAGAGCGUGUCAGGAUGCGAAAAAAUAAAAAUGAUAAGAAGAAACUGAAAAAAAAAAACUUUUUUGACGAAAAAAAAAUGUCUCCUAUGCCUCAUCGUCCUGCCUUCUAAUAUCGAAGGACUGUCCUGCGUCUGGCGAGAAUAUACUGUAAACACUGAGUUCACCUGAAUGAUUGAAACAACAAGUAAUACAUUUAACCAACGGUACAGAUCCAUUUUCCACGAUACGAACCGUGAAAAUUUUUACGAUGAAAAAAAAAAUAGCGAUUAAGGUACAUUAAGUCAACGUAUUUGAGUGUAUAGGCAGUAUCAGAAUGGUUAAUCCUGGUUAAAAUAGUGAGCAUUACGCGAUGAAGCUGUAACAAUACUUUCUGUUCAACUUUGAAUUGAAAAUAAUAAAAUAUGAUUGAAAUUAGAUCGAUUAAGCAUAAUUGUUUUUUAACAUGAAGAGGACGAAGAACUUGAAGAAGAGGAUUCGAUGGUGAUUGACAGAAAGAGGGAUUAAAGCUUUCAUUUUUUUUAUUGAUAACGGAUAUGAUAGGAUAGAAGACAGUUUAUUGUCCCCAAUAGUUUAGACAUUCACGUAAUUAAUGCGAUAUGUGCGCUGUAACAGAUAGAAAUUAAAAAACAAAGCUGUAUGAUCUUUUUUAUGAUGUAAUAAGGAUUGAAAGAGUGUUUUAAUUGUUCAGUUCAGUGGUUCCUUGGAUUAAUAGCAAGGUUUAAUGUGGAAAACAAUGGAAUUUUGUACAUGUGUAGCACAAAAAUUAUGAAUAAAUGACCGAAUAGUAGACUAGA